AUGGCAAACAGACUAUCGGAAGAUACUCAUCUUUCAGUUUUGAUCAUUGAAAGGGGCGGUUCCGUUCUCCAAAAUCCUCUGGUCUAUAAUACAAGCGCGUAUGGUGUUGCCUUCGGCUCAGCAAUCGACUAUGCGUACCAAUCUGCUCCGCAGAGGUACAUGGGCAAUAAGGUCGAGACGCUGCGGGCAGGCAAGGCUCUAGGUGGAACGACCACUAUCAAUGGCAUGUCGUAUACCCGCGCCGAGGAUAUACAGAUCGAUGCCUGGCAGUGGAUCGGUAAUCAGGGCUGGACCUGGGAGAGCCUCGUCCCUUAUUACAAGAAGGGCGAGGGCUUCCAGGUACCUACCCCGGCACAGUACAGCGCUGGUGCUAAUUACAACGCAUUGUACCAUGGAAAGUCUGGCCCACUGCAUGUGGGAUGGACUUGGGAUAUGCAAAACAGUACCAUGCACACAGAGCUGAAGAGAACAUACAAGCACCUGGGCAUUCCGUACCUUCCAGAUGUCAACGGAGGCAAGAUGCAUGGCUACUCCAUAUUUGCUCGGACUGUGAAUCGUGCUGAAAAAGUCCGUGAGGAUGCAGCUCGUGCCUACUAUUACCCCUUCGCAUCCAGACCUAACCUCUCGGUCAUGCUCAACACCACUGUAAACCGCAUCCUUUGGGCCAAUCAGACCGGCACUUUCGGACCCGCUGUUGCCAGCGGUGUUGAGGUCACCCUCAGCGACGGCACUGUAGAAGCCAUUACGGCGAACAAGGAGGUCAUCCUGUCUGCAGGUUCACUGAUCUCCCCUGCCAUUCUGGAGCGCUCCGGUGUUGGUAACCCAGAGGUCCUUGCUCAACAUAGCAUUCCCCUCGUCAUCAACCUGACCACAGUCGGCGAGAAUCUUCAAGACCAGAUCAACACCGAGUUCAUCUACUCCAGCAACGUUUCCUACACCGGCCAAGGAACCUAUCUCGGUCACCCAACCGCCUCUGACAUUUUCGGCAGCAAUACGACCAAUGUCGCCAACGACGUCAAGAACAACCUUGCAAACUACGCCGCCAAGGUUUCUGCCGCCAGCAAUGGCACCAUGAGCGCUGCCAACUUGCUCUCCCUCUUCAAGAUCCAGUACGACAUCAUUUUCGAGAACCCUACCCCUAUCGCCGAGGUGCUCGUUACCCCCAAGGGCACCAACUUCUACACCGAGUACUGGGGCUUGCUCCCCUUUGCGCGUGGUAACGUCCAUAUCGCCUCUACCGACCCCCUGCAGCAGCCCACCAUCAACCCCAACUACAUGAUGCUAGGAUGGGACAUGCAGCAGCAGAUCGGCUCGGGCAAAUUCAUCCGCAAGCUCUUCAACACUGCUCCCAUGAGUGAACACACCACUGGCGAAUCGACACCGGGUUACACCACUCUUCCUUCUGACGCAACCAACGCCCAGUGGGCUUCCUGGAUCAACUCUGCAUUCCGCGCCAACUUCCACCUCGUCGGUACCGCAGCCAUGAUGCUUCGGGACAUGGGAGGUGUCGUAGAUACUAAUCUCAUGGUCUAUGGUAACGCUAACGUCCGUGCCGUCGAUGCUUCCGCUCUCCCGUUCCAGGUUUGCGGUCACUUGAUGAGUACCCUGUACGCUGUUGCGGAGCGGGCCGCAGAUAUUAUAAAGGCGGAGAAUUACGGUGGAUUAUCUGUACAAGACGGUCAAGGAUAUGUCUAA